ACUUUUUAAAGAGAGACGUGUCGUGUCAGUCGGGCUCGGCUGAAAGUCAAUUUUUCACAAAAUCGAAUUGCUGGAACUAAUGUAUGAAAAAACAUUUCUAUAAUACUUUGCGGUGUUUUACGAUAAAAAGAUGCCGGUCGCAAGCUCCGUGAAGCCGGCCAACGGCCCCAACAAGGGGUUGUUUAAUAACACGACCGGUCUCAGUACGCUUAUCACUGUUACGGUUCUCACGUUGGCUUGGUUGGCCGGGUUCGCUUCUCGGCUUUUCGCUGUUAUACGGUUUGAGAGUAUUAUUCACGAGUUUGACCCAUGGUUCAACUACCGAUCUACCGCUUAUAUGGUACAGCACGGGUUUUACAACUUUUUGAAUUGGUUUGACGAACGAGCAUGGUACCCCUUGGGGCGUAUUGUCGGCGGUACCGUGUACCCGGGCCUUAUGAUCACUUCAGGGACCAUACACUGGAUACUGCACACAUUGAAUAUUCCAAUACAUAUAAGAGAUAUUUGUGUAUUUCUAGCUCCGGUUUUCAGUGGUCUGACAGCCAUAGCAACAUAUCUGCUAACAUCCGAGCUAUGGUCCCGUGGAGCGGGUCUGUUUGCUGCCUGCUUCAUAGCUGUCAUCCCCGGCUACAGCAGCCGGUCCGUAGCUGGCAGUUAUGACAAUGAAGGAAUUGCUAUCUUUGCUCUGCAGUUCACUUAUUAUCUAUGGCUUAAGAGUGUGAAGAGUGGUUCUAUUUUUUGGUCUAUCUGCACUGCUCUUUCUUACUUUUACAUGGUAUCAGCAUGGGGUGGCUAUGUGUUCAUCAUCAACCUGAUCCCCCUGCAUGUGUUUGUGCUGCUCAUAAUGGGCCGGUUCUCGCAGAGGCUGUUUGUGAGCUACUCUGUAUUCUACAUAGUGGGCCUGCUGAUGUCUAUGCAGAUCCCGUUUGUUGGCUUCCAGCCUAUACGGACUAGUGAACAUAUGGCUGCUUCAGGUGUGUUCGCCCUCAUGAUGGCGGUCGGCGCCCUCAAAUAUCUGCACAUGCUGAGUCCCAAGGGCCAAUUUAAGCAGCUGCUGAUAGUCGGUGGACUGGUUGCCGCCGCGCUCGUGUUCUUGGCCGUCGUGGCGUUGACCUACAUGGGCGUUAUUGCUCCGUGGAGUGGACGGUUCUACUCGCUAUGGGACACAGGCUACGCCAAGAUCCACAUCCCGAUCAUUGCGUCCGUGUCCGAGCACCAGCCGACCACUUGGACUUCAUUCUUCUUCGACCUCCACGUGCUGGUGUGCACCUUCCCGGUGGGCCUGUGGUAUUGCAUCAAGAAUGUCAACGAUGAGAGAGUGUUUGUGGCGCUAUACGCCCUUAGCGCGGUAUACUUCGCCGGAGUCAUGGUGCGACUGAUGUUGACCCUGACGCCCGUCGUGUGCGUGCUGGCCGGCAUCGCCUUCUCCAUCCUAAUGGACCUCAUAUUACGUGAGGAAGACCUGCCCGUCGCGCCCUCCGACUCGGAUGAGAAGAACCUCUACGAUAAGGCGGGCAAGCUGAAAAAGCGAACGCUGGAGCCCUCUCCCCCGGCCGACACCGGGCUCGGCAUGAACGUGCGCUCCGGCACGCUGAUCUCGUUCAUGAUCCUGCUCAUGCUCUUCUCCGUGCACUGCACCUGGGCCACGUCCAACGCCUACUCCAGCCCUAGCAUUGUGCUGGCCAGCUACGGGAACGACGGGUCUCGUAAAAUCUUGGACGACUUCCGCGAAGCUUACGGGUGGCUAUCACAGAACACCGCUGAAGACGCGAGAGUCAUGUCUUGGUGGGAUUAUGGUUAUCAGAUAGCGGGCAUGGGAAAUAGAACAACUCUAGUUGAUAACAACACGUGGAACAAUUCCCACAUCGCGCUGGUCGGCAAGGCCAUGGCGAGCAAUGAAAGUGCCGCUUACGAAAUAAUGACCAUGCUGGACGUAGACUACGUUCUUGUGAUAUUUGGCGGCGCUAUUGGCUACUCCGGCGAUGACAUCAACAAGUUCAUAUGGAUGGUCCGGAUCGCAGAAGGAGAGCAUCCUAAGGAUAUUCAUGAAGCGGACUAUUUUACAGAGAGAGGCGAAUACCGAAUAGAUUCAGAAGCAUCGAAGACGAUGUUAAAUUGUUUAAUGUACAAGUUAUCAUAUUAUAGGUACGACAGUGGCGGCAGCCCGCCGGGCUACGACAGGACGCGCGGCGCGCUGCCCGGCCACCGCGGCUUCCGCCUCACCUACCUCGAGGAGGCCUACACCACCGAGCACUGGCUCGUGCGGAUAUACAGGUACACACACAUGCCGUCGACAGCGGCGGCACCCGCCGGGCUACGACAGGACGCGCGGCGCGCUGCCCGGCCACCGCGGCUUCCGCCUCACCUACCUCGAGGAGGCCUACACCACCGAGCACUGGCUCGUGCGGAUAUACAGGUACACACACAUGCCGUCGACAGCGGCGGCACCCGCCGGGCUACGACAGGAUGCGCGGCGCGCUGCCCGGCCACCGCGGCUUCCGCCUCACCUACCUCGAGGAGGCCUACACCACCGAGCACUGGCUCGUGCGGAUAUACAGGUACACACACAUGCCGUCGACAGCGGCGGCACCCGCCGGGCUACGACAGGACGCGCGGCGCGCUGCCCGGCCACCGCGGCUUCCGCCUCACCUACCUCGAGGAGGCCUACACCACCGAGCACUGGCUCGUGCGGAUAUACAGGUACACACACAUGCCGUCGACAGCGGCGGCACCCGCCGGGCUACGACAGGAUGCGCGGCGCGCUGCCCGGCCACCGCGGCUUCCGCCUCACCUACCUCGAGGAGGCCUACACCACCGAGCACUGGCUCGUGCGGAUAUACAGGUACACACACAUGCCGUCGACAGCGGCGGCACCCGCCGGGCUACGACAGGAUGCGCGGCGCGCUGCCCGGCCACCGCGGCUUCCGCCUCACCUACCUCGAGGAGGCCUACACCACCGAGCACUGGCUCGUGCGGAUAUACAGGUACACACACAUGCCGUCGACAGCGGCGGCACCCGCCGGGCUACGACAGGAUGCGCGGCGCGCUGCCCGGCCACCGCGGCUUCCGCCUCACCUACCUCGAGGAGGCCUACACCACCGAGCACUGGCUCGUGCGGAUAUACAGGGUUAAAAAACCGGACGAAUUCAAUCGCCCGCGACUACCGUUAGCGAAGAGGACAAUUUCAACAUCCAGUGGUUUAUCCAAAAAGCAACCGCUAUCAGUAGGAGAGUCGGACACGACUUUACGAAGAAGAAAAGGUAUCAUAAAGAAUAAGCCCACGGUCGUGAAGGGCAAGAAGAUAAGCCGACUGGAGUGACGUGGCGCUCGCUGCAACACGAGCUCGUGACUCCGCAUCAGUGGUAAUCUUGCAUCCUCUGUAUCGUCUUGCAAUCCCUUAAACUUCAAUAUUUACGUAUCAGAACGAACCGAGUGAUCUUUGAAUUGCCCUUAUGCCGAAACCACCUUUAUUAAAACGUCAAUAAAGCUUUAUUGCAUAAUUAUGUUUUAUGAGAUAACGUAUAACGGAGUUCGCAAUUGCUCGGUUUUAUAUUUAAUAGAUUUAGAAUCUGUUUGGUUAUCAAUCUAUCUCAAAUCUUAUGUGGGUAUAAUUAAAUUGUGUGUUUUAAGAAUUCGAAACUAUGAUCAUAUUUGUCUCAUAGCGGUUUCAAUAUUAUGUAUGUAAUCAUUAUUUUUGUCUACCUUCCCUUUUUUUCAAAGACAAUAAGUAUGUUCACCAAUAAUGUAAUGUGUAAUGUAUUGUAUAAUGUUUGGCGGUCUAGUUGUAUUUUAGAUGAGAUAGAUAGGUAGAUUCAAUAAUUUUGUUACUGAGAUUAGAAGGAAAGACAUUGAAGACUUUACCUCGAAUUACUUUUAGGCAUCAUUCUGGGCUAGUUAGUAUAGUUCCUUCUUAUGUACUGCGGAUUGCGUGAGCGACAUUAUUAAAUAGAGUUAGGGUGCAUUGAGGCGAUACUACGCGAGCUGAAUAUGUAAGUAAUACCCAUCUGUUUCAUACAUAUCUGCUGAUAUGUAUGAAACAGAAGUUUUCGCGAUUUCGAUGUAGGUUCUAUAGUAAAAGCCGUUACCAAAUACACCAGGAGGUUUUUCUAAAGUCCGUUCUACGCUAAAUUGUUUUUAUAUUCCCGAUACUUAAGUACCAAUUUUGUACUAAAAUGACACAUCAGGUGGACAAAUGAGGGGGUUUUUGUUAAACUGUUGUUCAAGUAUGGGAUAAGAAAAACAAGGAUUAAGUUUAUACCUUGGCAGUGACAAUGUUAUCGUAUAUCGUGUCAUACUUGAUGUGAAGACUUACCAUACACGUGGGGCUUCUGCCGCCAUCUUAGAGGGAGUACACAGUUCCUUUUGAUAAUAAUGUAUAAUUAAUUUUGUUGAUAUUCUCUAACUCUGACUCUGGCAAAAGCCUUAGAAGGCUGCCAUUUCUAUAAUAUAAAAUAUAUACCAUGCACGGAUUUUGAUGGGCGUUUCUGCGUGUUUUCGGUAGCACAUAUUUAGCUCGCGCAGUGUACCUACACCCCAAAGACACCUCGUGUGAAGAUGUAUUUCGGUUACGGCAAGUGCCACGAAAGCUUACCACUGAUGUAGCUAAUGAUUGACUGACACCAAGUAUAUAUUUACUUAGUCCAUUAGAUAAAUAUUUCUUAAUAUUUAAAUAUUUCGUUAAUAUUUGAUUUCGGCACUGGGUGAUGUCGUUUUCAGGGCACGAUGUGGUGACAAUGGGUAUAAUGUGUUUGAGGUUCUAAAGCAUUUGGUGCUAAAACUGCAUUUACUCAAGUGGGACACGACAUAAUUUGUGUGAUUUUUAUCUUAUCAUAUAAACUUUUCCUUUGUCCAAUUUAAUUGUACAGCGGCUUGAAAAAGAGGGAUCCAGAUAUCUAAACGAGGUGAGAAGAUGUAUACUCAUUCUGAGUAUUAUCUACGACCUCUCUCGACUCGCCUACUGCCAUGUUAAAUUAGCCCAUUGGCCAUAUACAUACAGGUCGAUUCACGAAAGCUGCCAUGAAUGGAAUGAACGAAACUAAUUGGCAUACAGUCAGAGCCACCAUUUUAUUGGUUAAUGUGAUACACACAGACAUUUCUUUCUCUCAUUCAUUCCAUUCGUGCCAGCUCUUGUGAAUAGACCUGUACCAUUGUAUGUAUAUUUGUUAAGUGACUAUUGUAUGAAUAUGUUUGAGGUGUUGUUAUUUUAACCUCCUUUGAAUCACAUCGUGUCGCGGGCGAUCAGUGAUCUUAACCGAUGAGUGCACGUGUGAACAUAUCUUUAGAUCAUCUUAUUUGUUUUUAUUAUCUGUAGUUAUAAUAAACUACAGAAGGCACUCGACUCGGGCAGGAGCUCGCUCAUACAGCGAUGUUUAAUACGAGUGGGGUACGAAUUGCUCGUAUUACACAAAUUUUACCAAUUAAAUAUAUAAAAAAAACCGUCGUCGUAAGGCGUCCAUUCAUCGUACGCAUGGCUAUUUAACGAUAUUUGAAUAAUUUUAUUUCGAGUUCAAAUUUAAAUAAACAUACUGUGUGAGCGAGAUGUAACAUCGGACGCUUUGAAAACUUAACGAUCUAUAGUGAGAACGUCAGCAGUUCAAAAUAAAUUAUGUAUUUAUGUCUGUCAUUACUAAGAACGUCCAUUUGUAAUAUUUAUAAUGAUCGAUAAAUAGUUUACAUUAUAAUUAGUGUUUAUUAUAAUUAGUGUUCUACUUGUUUUAUUCCUGAUUGCGAUGCUUUUUUGUUUUGCUAGGCUACUCCUCACUUCAGCACUUAUCACUACUCAGGUCGCGGUUAUAUGCACUAAACUUGACACUUUCUAAUUAAGUUUUUGAACUUAUCAAAAACUAUUGUUACUACAUAUUAAUUGUCUACCAAAGUAUGAAUAUGAUAAGAAUAACUUAUGGUUAUCAAUAAGUUUGUAAUCUCUAAUCUGGUUUCUGUAUUACCAAUAUCAUUUAUUUGAUGGUUGCUUUGAGGCCCUUAAGUGAGAGGUGUUAUUUUGAUUUUAUUGUUGCACGACACUAUUGUUUUCGUACUGUGACAGAGUUUUAUCGAUCUGUAGGAGAUAUAUCUAGUGCUCUACUAUGUUUUUAAUAAACUGAUGGAGACGA